AUGGCUACUGUUUUAAAGGAAGUUAGAGUCGCUGAUUGAAAUGAAUCUCUAUGUGGGUGUUUCAAUGGCAUAGGUUCUUGUCUCUGGGUAUUGUGCAUACCUUACGGUGCUUGUUGCCUGCAAGGCAUGGCAAUUCAAAUAGCAACAGAGGGUACUGAAGGUUGUUUCCUGCCAUGCUGGGUUGGAGCCUGUUGGUGACCAACUGGAAUGGCUCUCAAUCGUGGAAAUAUUAGAGGAUUAUUCAGGAUUCAAGGAAACUGACUUUGUGACUGUUGCAUACAUUAUUAUUGUUUCCCAUUCGCGUCAUGUCAAGAGUAUAGAGAAGCUCGCUACAGGAUGGGUUAA